UCUACGCGAAAACAAACAUCCGAUGACUAUGGUGCAUCCAAUAUGGCGCACAUUCCUAACUUUCAUCGCUUGUAUUUUGCAUUCUCCGAUAUUUUAGCGGAGGAUGACGACCUGUAUCAAAGUUAUAUGAUGAGAAUAAGAAGUAGAAUUCUUUUGUUGAGCAACAUACCUCGUUCUGUGCCUGGAAUCAAAGGAUACAGGGAUGUCGUUGCUGAAAUGACAGAAACCGAUUUUCUAGAACACUUCCGGGUUAGUAGGCAUGUGUUUGAACAGCUACUGGAUUAUGUGACUCCACACAUAAUUUCCAAUUACGUUGGUGGAAACGAGCCAUUACCACCAGACCAGCAACUUUCCAUUUUCAUAUGGUACAUUGCAAACCAAGAAUCCAUGAGGGAGGUCUCUCAAGUGUUUGGCGUUUCAAUGUCCACUGUGCAUGGUGUCGUACAGAAAUUGUGUGAUGUUAUAUUACGCCUGAGGAAUCGUGUGAGUACACCUUCUUUUGUGCAAUCUAAAGCCCUGUGUACCUUGACUUUAAUAACAAAACUUUCAAUUACUUUACAGUUAAUACGAUGGCCUAAUGAGCAACAAAGACAAGAUAUUGCACAAGCUGUUCACGGGACAUCAGGCUUUCCAGGAGUGAUUGGAUACCUGGGUGGUACUCACAUCAGACUCUCUGCUCCGAUUGGAGGUGACCGGGAUUAUUACAACAGAAAAGGAUUUCCUUCCAUGCAGCUGCAGGUGGUAGUUGACCCUAACAUGACGAUCAUCAGUGCAUAUACAGGCUGGCCAGGGUGCACUCAUGACGCCCGUGUGCUAAGGAACUCUCCGCUUUUUCAUAAAGCAGAAGCUGGCGAGUUAUUUAGUCCCAAUCAGCACAUAUUUGCUGACAGUGCAUAUCCACUGAGAAAUUGGCUGAUAACACCAAUUAGAAAUGUUGGCAAUCUGACAGAAACGCUUUAACACUAAAUUUUCUGGUCAAAGACAAACAGUGGAGAGAGCAAUUGGUCAUUUAAAGGGAAGAUUUCGUCGAUUCAGAGAAGUCCCCUUUCACAGCGCAGAGGAAGUGUGUAAAUUUAUAAUUGCUGGAUGCAUAUGUCA